UCUUUGGCUGUAUGAAGUUGUGACUAAAUAUAGAUAAGGAUCAUCAUGGUGGAAAGGGAAAAAAGAGGAAGUCCAUGGCUCUUGAAGGGAAGAGACAAUGGAGAAGGACUCUUGUCAUUUGCACCUGCAUCGGGAUCGCCUAGAGACGAGAAGGCUUGGAAAUGCGGCAGGAUAUAGUUUCGUUUUUCUUUUUUUGCUGAACUGCCGUGCCUGUCGAAUUUUUCUGCAUGCUCACUUGACUCGUUUGGACCUGUGAGGACACGUGCAAGGCGGGUAGCUAAAGAAGCUUUUUGGUGUGUCAGGCAUGGCCGAUGGCAAAUGGAGUGCAUCACAGACAGGUAGCCCAGCUAUGGCUGGACCGAGGCCUGUGGUGCUGAGCGGCCCAUCCGGGGCGGGCAAAAGCACGCUGCUCAAGAAGCUCAUGAAGGAAUACAGUGGCGUCUUUGGGUUCAGUGUCUCACAUACAACAAGAAACCCACGACCUGGAGAAGAGAAUGGCAAAGAUUACCAUUACGUCACACGGGGAGCCAUGCAGGCCGCCAUCGAUGGGGGCGAAUUCAUCGAGAGCGCAGAGUUUUCCGGGAACAUGUACGGGACGAGCAGAGCGGCCGUGGAGGCAGUCAAGGCCCGCAACCUCAUUUGCAUACUCGACAUCGACAUGCAAGGGGUCAAGAAUAUCAAGAAGACUGACCUCAAUCCCAUUUACAUCUCCAUCCAGCCUCCAUCUUUGGAAGUCCUGGAAACCCGUCUAAGAGACAGAAAAACAGAGUCAGAAGAGAGCUUGCAGAGGCGCUUGCACGCCGCCAAGGUGGACAUUGACUUAAGUAAAGAACCCAACAUGUUUGACAUCCUCAUCGUCAAUGACAACUUGGAAGAUGCUUACGGACACUUAAGAGACGCUCUUCUUGAGGAAAUCAACAUGGUCAAGAAAAUCAACAUGUCUUCGUAGAUGUGGCAUAAGAUAACACCAUUCACUCCGAACUAAACCAUCGAUGUCAUCGUGAACAUUCCAUCCCAAAAAAAAGUGCUCUAGAAAAAGCACAGGCUUCCCGCAGAAUAUUUGUCCAAAUACAGUAUAUAGGUUUAGACGUAGUUAUUAUUACAAAAAGUGGAACAAGUUUUUUAUGUCGAGGAGCGCUUUCCUUUUUUUAAAAAAAUAUAUUAUUGUUAUUUACAUUUGUAUUCAAGAAACUGUAUUGUAAUAAAUUGUCUGCUUGCUAGGCGACUGGUACCAUAUGCAGCUUUUCGCCACCCCAGACUUAACUGAACUCAUUCCGACACGUUGACCAACCGGUCUGUCAAGAUCAGUUAUUUGGCUGUUUGUCCUAGUCUCAUUUUGCUUUGUGUGAUUAAUCAGUGUGAAAUGUCGUGAUUGCAGCUAUACUGAUGCUAAAACAAAACAAAAAAAACACAUCCAUUACAUUGUAUUUAAAGGAAAGCGUGCGAGUAAACUGUAAGCAUAUAUGUGUUCAAUUUCAUGCUUUUUUUUUUUUUUUUUUUUUUACGUUGUGCUAACUUUGCUAAAAAGACAUGCUUUAUUAGAAUGAGGUCCAAUGUCAGGCAAUAUUUUAUGUAUAACGAACAAUUGAGUGAUCGUGUCAGGUGUUUUUUUUUUUUGGGAGGCGGGAGGCACAAUUAUGCUUCUUCAACAGAACAACUACAAUUUAACUUACAUUUGAAUUUAUUGCUGUAGUGGACUGUUUGUUGAGAAUUCUAACUAAAGGAAAGACAAUCAAAUGUGACACUUGA